CCAACAUACCUGCGAUGGAAAUGGCAUGCAGAGUUAGAAAAUCCUUGCAGCUCUAGCUAUACUCAUAAUGAACAAGUCGAGGAUGAUAUUCACGACAUCCACAAUCUUGAGGUUGAAAUGGAAGAUGAGUUAGGGGCCACUCAAGAUGUUCAUCCUGAUCAAGUCGUCAUUGAUGAAGAGCGUAAUAUGUAUGAGAGCUUACUAGGAAGCUCAAAACGCCUGUUGUAUCCUGGUUGUACAAAGUUUACACGUUUGAAGGGGGUUUUGGAAUUGUUCAAUUUAAAAGUAGCAAAUGGGUGGAGUGACAAAAGUUUCACGUCUUUAUUAAGUUUGUUGGGUGAACUUCUUCCAGAUGGACACGAAUUGCCAUCGUCCACUUAUGAGGCAAAUAAAAUGAUGUCUCCAAUGGAUGAGGGCUACAAGAAGAUACAUGCUUGUGUUGUUAAAACUUAGAAAAGUAGUUGUUUUACUCUUGGUAUUUUUUAAGAUGUACAAGUGGUGGAUGCAAAUGUUACUUUUUUGGUUUAAU